AAUUGAGAUUCUACUUUGUCUCUGUACUGACACUUAGCCUUGCGGAGGGAAUAGCUGCAUUGUUUGUAUUUGUUCAUGUUACCAGUCACCUUGCCCUGAUUAAAAGCAGUGGUUCGCGCUUUCAGUUUCACGCGAAUGCUGCCAUCAAUCCACGGUUUCUGGUUAGGGAAUGUUUUAAUCGUUGCUAUGGGAACGACAUCUUCAACGCACGUUCUAAAGAACUCGCACACCGAAUCAGCGUAUUCGUCAAUAUUGUUAUCUGACGCAAUACGAAACAUAUCCCAGUCCACGUGAUGGAAGCAGUCUUGGAGUGUGGAGUCAGCUUGGUCGGACCAGCGUUGGACAGACCUCAGCGUGGGAGCCUCUUGUUUUAGUUUCUGUCUGUAGGCAGGGAUCAACAAAAUGGAGUCGUGGUCAGCUUUUCCAAAAGGGGGGCGGGGCAGGGCCUUAUAUGCGUCAUGGAAGUUAGAGUAACAAUGAUCCAAGGUUUUUCCACCCCUGGUUGCGCAAUCGAUAUGCUGAUAAAAUUUAGGGAGUCUUGUUUUCAGAUUAACCUUGUUAAAAUCCCCAGCUACAAUGAAUGCAACCACCGGAUAAAUGGAUUCCAGUUUGCAAAGAGUCAAAUAAAGUUCGUUCAGAGCCAUCGAUGUGUCUGCUUGGGGGGGGAUAUAUACGGCUGUGAUUAUAAUCGAACAGAAUUCUCUUGGUAGAUAAUGCGGUCUACAUUUGAUUGUGAUGAAUUCUAACUGGUGAACAGGUGAACAGAAGGAUUUGAGUUCCUGUAUGUUUCUUUCAUCACACAAUGUCUCGUUAGCCAUAAGGCAUACGCCCCCGCCCCUCUUCUUACCAGAAAGAUGUUUGUUCCUGUCGGCGCGAUGCGUGGAGAAACCCACUGGCUGCACCGCCUCCGAUAGCGUCUCUCCAGUGAGCCAUGUUUCCGUGAAGCAAAGAACGUUACAGUCUCUGAUGUCCCUCUGGAAUGCUACCCUUGCUCGGAUUUCAUCAACCUUGUUGUCAAGAGACUGGACAUUGGCGAGAAGAAUGCUAGGGAGUGGUGCACGAUGUGCCCGUCUCCGGAGUCUGACCAGAAGACCGCCUCGUUUCCCUCUUUUUCGGAGUCGUUUUUUUGGGUCGCUGCAUGGGAUCCAUUCCGUUGUCCUGUUUGAAAGGCAGAACACAGGAUCCGCGUCGCGAAAAACAUAUUCUUGGUCGUACUGAUGGUGAGUUGACGCUGAUCUUAUAUUCAGUAGUUCUUCUCGACUGUAUGUAAUGAAACCUAAGAUGACCUGGGGUACUAAUGUAAGAAAUAACACGUAAAAAAAAAAAACUGCAUAGUUUCCUAGGAACGCGAAGCGAGGCGGCCAUCUCUGUCGGCGCCGGAAGUAUAGCACAGAGGUUCUGCUGGUGAAGGAGGAGGGGUAUGAGGAGGGUCUGGAAAACCCUGAGGGGACUAUGGUUAUGGAGGACAACCAGACUACACCUCCUCCUGAACCCACAGAGGAACCAGCUGAACAGCACAGGACCACACACAGUCUCACUGAGUCAGUAGACAUGGAGGAUGGGAAGCUUGAUCUGCUGCUGGUCAAAGAGGAGACCAUAGAAGAUGUACCAGAGAGCAUUGACCUGCUGAGUGGACUAAAGAUGGGGGAGCAAGGUGAUUGGCUGGAGGCUAACAGAGGAGACUGGGGAGCCGUCUUGGAUUCCCAGACCCAGACUGGUGCAGCCAAGGGCCCAGGGGACGACAUCACUGAGCAGGACAGGACCAGAGGCGACAUAGUGGAGUCUGCAGUCCAUGAAGACCUGCUGAUAUCCAGUGUUACUGGUGGGAGAGACUGGACCUCCAAAGCGGCUGGUCACAAACCCUGGCCCCGGAUGAGAACCAUGGAUCAGGAGCCGUCACUAUUCCUACCUGAAUCGGAACCCGGACCCAAAUGCAAGAGACAGAGACUCCACCACCACACAGAACACAACCAGUGGACAGGUGGACUGAACAACCUCAGUCCUGGUGGUCAUCAGAGAGACAGAGGCUCCAGUCAGGGAUCCAGUCUGCAGCCCAGACCCUUCUCUUCACAGUCUCAGUGCAGGGAUGAAGCAGGGCCUGGGGCUGAUAGAGAUAGACCCUCCUAUUCCUAUGAUACAAACACCACAGUAUCCAUGAUGAACAGAGAUGGUCACCCUGGACUUCAGCCUUCACAGAGAGUGGUGGGAGACCCCCCUGGUGGUAGUCUAUCAGCAAGUCUGUCUUCUCCUUCAGGAUCUCAUUUAAUGUCUGGUGACUGGGUUCAUAGAAAGCCUGGGUCUAGCUUUCCUCAGUUACCUCAAGGUUACCCCACCAAUGCAUACAGGUUCAGGAUGGGCGUUUACCACAAGAAGCACCUGGCCUAUAGCACAGCACACAAUCCCAGCAACACCCAAACAAUGACUAGAGGUCAAGGAGGGAGCUCAAAGACUAACCACCUGACGGCGGUGGCGCCUGCUUCUACCUCCUCUGUCAUUGGGUCACAAUGUGGAAGGCCGGGCAUUAGGACGGAUGCUGACAAGCCGUAUGCCUGCCCCACGUGUGGGAAGCGCUUUGCUAAGACUAAAUAUAUGAAACAGCAUCAGAACAUUCACACCAAGGAGAGGCCUUUCAAGUGCAAACUAUGUUACAAGAGCUUCUCCUUCCUGAGUUACCUCAUCAGACAUAGCUGUGCCCACAAUGGGGAGAAAUUGUAGCUAUUCUUUAGCUGAAAUAUUCUAUUUAUCAUGUGAAGUGUACUGGGGGUAAGACUUUUGGGGAUUACUAGGUCCCUUAGUUGAGCAUCUGGGUACACUCACAUGAUACAGACUUGUUGUUUUGGUGUGCUAGCCGAAACACUGACAUUGAAGUGUAUCACUAUUUCACCUCUGAACUUGGUUUUGCCUAUGUUCUAUUCAUAACAAUAUGUUUUAUAACCCCUUUUUAAAACACAUUAUUUGGCAUAGUCAGGUGGGAUCUGUUCAUUUAUGUACAACAACAGAAAAAUAGGUGAUCAAAUAUUUUAAUAAAUUAGAUAUCAUGUUGUCCUUUUGAUUAAAAAAAA